AUGCUUAAGUUUAUGAAAAUUUUGGUACCAGUUGUUGGUGUUGGAAUAGUACUAACAGCCGUUGUAUUGGCUUUAAGUAUAGUUACUUUAGUUAAGGUGAAUAAAGGGUUUGAUGAUAUUCAAAGCGAUAAUAUUGAGGCAACCAAUCCGACAAAUCCAACAACUGGGCCAACAACAGCCGCAACAAUAGCAGACACAACAACAACAACAACAACAACAACAACAACAACAACAGCAACAACAACCACAGGCCAACCGUUACCAAAUUCAAUCUUGGCAUCAUCUAUACGUAUUGAAGAUGUAAUGCAUCAUCUUGAUGACUUACAAACUAUAGCAACUAAUGCAGAUGGUAAUCGAGCCAUUCAUACACGUGGUUUUAAUGAAACACUUGAUUACAUUUAUAAUGUUCUCACACUUAAUACAAAUUAUAAUAUUACACAAAGAUUUUUUCCAGUGAGAGACAGUACCCUUGCCAGUAAUCCAGUUUUACUGAUUUCAAUUAAUGAUGCUAUACAGAACUAUACAUACUCAACCAAUCUAGCAAUAGCUGAUUUUACUGUAGCAAGAUUCUCAACAUCACUAGAUUUAACAGAUUAUGUUGCCAUUACUGUUAUUCCUAAUCUGGGUUGUGAUGACACAGAUUGGGAAAAUAAUAAUAUGUCAGUGGCUGGACAAGUAGCAUUAGUUAAACGAGGUAAUUGCACGUUUGUUAAAAAAGCCCAACAAGCGUCAAAAUACAAUGUUACUGCUCUUUUCAUAUAUAAUGAUGGUGCACCUGGUAAUGUAAGACCUAUGUCUAUUAGUGUUGGUGAGGCAAAUGAAAUACCAGUACUCUCUCUUUCUUAUAAUCUUGGUCAGGAACUUGCUGAUGCUGUUCAAGAUCCAGCAAACAACGUCACAGCACUUAUCAAUAUUAAUCUACUCAACGACAAGCCAUUACCAGUAGUAAAUAUUUGUGCUGAUACACCUUCCGGUGAUCCUGCUCAAACUAUUGUUAUUGGAAGUCAUAGUGACAGUGUACCUGCUGGUCCUGGUAUUAAUGAUAAUGGUAGUGGUAGUGCAGCUAAUCUUGGUCUUGCUAUAGCUUUAGCUCGACUAUUUCAAACAUCUACAUAUCCUCCAUUUAAAUAUCGUAUUCGAUUUUGCUGGUGGGGUGCUGAAGAAGUUGGACUUCUUGGUUCCAAUUUUCAUGUCAGACAAGCAAAGAAUGCCACAACUGUUGGUGAGCGACUUCAAGAUUAUUUAAUUAAUCUUAACUAUGAUAUGCUUGGAUCACCUAAUUAUAUCUUUGGUAUUUAUGAUGGUCAAACAG